CUAAAAUACAAUAAAUAAAAGGAAUUGCAACAAAUGAUAUACGAAAUAAUGCUCAUAGCAUUUAUUCAUAAUAGCUCCGAAAUAGACUGGCUUAGUAUAUAUCAACUAAGGAUGAUGGAAUUAUAUGAAUGAUUGCAUUAAAUUCAUACAGCAGAAUAACAUAGGUGAAAAAAAUGAAUCACAUGUACAUGCAAUUAUAUAACUAAAUUUCAGAAACAUGAUGUCAAGUGCAAGCAGCCAUGAACAAGAAGAACAUACAGAAUUGCACCUAUACACAAUUCAAAGCAGGACACGCUAAGCUAUGGAGUUUAGGGUUGCAAACCUAGUUGGUAAAGUAUAAAGAAAAAUUAAGAAAAUGAUCAUCAUAAAUUACCAAUAUUAUUCAUCUCAGGAGAUAUGAAGAAAGGUUUAGCAGCUUGGAAAGUGGAAUGGAGGGAGACCUAGACUGUUGGCAGUGUUUCAUGUCUUACCUUGCAUGAUGGUUACAUGCAUGUUUGUGAUACAUUGCUCUUUCAUAUUUUUGUUUUGGCCCAUUUCUAAGUGUACAUUAUAAUUUGAUUUAAAAAAUUACAAAUUAGGAUAACUGUUAAGUAAAAAUUAUUAAUUUCUCUGCUCAUUAUAUAUCUAGGGGAAAAAUCCACCAUUUACAUACAUUCUUAUUCAGCUCAAGAGAGUUAAAGUAGAUUCUUAUUUUAGUUGUGAAAUGUAGAAAUUUGAGAUACUGUUACCUACAGCCCCCAGAUCUUUCCAAAAGUUUUCUUCUAGUCUUAAAUAUUCACCUCAUAUUACAAAAACGUUGAUAUUUCUAAUCUGUUUUCCUUUGGUUCCUGAAUUUCCGACACAACAAGGGUGCACAUAUUUCUCACACUCUUGGUUUAGCAGAGUACCGAUAUCAGUUUUUCUGCAAAAGAAUCUUCUCCAAAACCAUAUUAGAUAUUUAUAUCUCACAUGUUUUUGGGUUCUGUUUUCUUAAGCUAUGGCUUGGUGACUGGCUCUGGUGAUGUGAGAUGGUCCAAGUUUUGCUUCUUGGAUCUAGUUAGAGUCUGGCCUAUUUAAGGCUGGAUCAGGCAGGGGCGAUGUGACUCCAUUAGUUACUGUUUGCUUUUCAUUGCAAAGCAGUGAAAGAAGAUAUGUCUUUAUUUGCAUGCUAGCCAAUGAAAAUUCAGCUUUCCCUUCAACAUCAGUACGAAAAAUUUCAGCCUAUGGCAAGAACAGAGGCUCUAUGAAUAAGAAUUAAUUUGAGCUGUUUUGGGACUAACAAUAUUUUUCCAUAAAGGCAGCAUUGAACUCAUUCAUUGGUUUAAGCUGGUGCUUUCCUGUUGACAUUGUUCACAGAAUUUAAAAGUAUAAAGAAUGUUAUUGAACAUUCAGGAAUCAAGUGCAUGUUGAAUUUAAGGCCUGGAUAUCAGAGGAGUCACAACCAGUGAUAUUAGGCCUGAAUUUUUUUUCUUGUUUAGACAUGAUGAAUUUUCUCCUCCUUGUUUUUUCCAUUCUAGUAGUGGUUGCAUUUGUCCUCGGAAAUUUUGCCAAUGGCUUCAUAGCACUAGUAAAUUUCGUUGCCUGGGUUAAGAGACAAAAGAUCUCCCCAGCUGAUCAAAUUCUUGCUGCUCUGGCAGUCUCCAGAGUUGGUUUGCUCUGGGUAAUAUUAUUAAAUUGGUAUUCAACUGUUUUCAAUCCAGCUUCAUCUAGUUUAAAAGUAAGAGUUUUUAUUUCUAAUGCCUGGGCAGUAACCAACCAUUUCAGCAUCUGGCUUGCUACUGGCCUCAGCAUAUUUUAUUUGCUCAAGAUUGCCAAUUUCUCCAGACUUAUUUUUUAUCACUUAAAAAGGAAGGCUCAAAGUGUAGUUCUGGUGAUAGUGUUGGGAGCUUUGUUAUUUUUGAUUUGUCAUCUUGUGAUGGAAAACAUGGAUAUGGAUGUGUGGGCAAAAGAAUAUGAAGGAAAUGUAACUUGGAAGAUCAAAUUAAGUAACGUAAUGCGCCUUUCCAACUUGACUGUGGCCACACUUGCAAACGUGAUACCCUUCACUCUGACCCUGAUAUCUUUUCUGCUGCUAACCUGUUCUCUGUGUAAACAUCUCAAGAAGAUGCAGCUCCAUGACAAAGGAUCUCAAGAUCCCAGCACCAAGGUCCACAUAAAAGCUCUGCAAACUGUGAUCUCCUUCCUCGUGUUACUUGCCAUUUACUUUCUGUGUCUAAUCGCAUCAUUUUGGAAAUCUAAUUUGCAACAGAAAGAAUUUGUUAUGCUUUGCCAAACUGUCGGAAUCAUAUAUCCAUCAUUCCAUUCAUUCAUUCUGAUUUGGGGGAGCAAGAAGCUAAAGCAGACCUUUCUUUCAGUUUUGUGGCAGGUGACUUGCUGGGUGAAAGAACAGAAACCAUCAACUCCAUAGAUUCACAAGAGGUGCAUUGUGUGUUUUCUAGCAGAAAACAAAUUGAUGGUGUCUGGAACAUUUUAUAUUUCCUACAAGUUUUUCUAUAGUCUAUGUAUUUGAGUAAUUUCCAAAAGUAGACUUAGAAAAGUCUUUUACCUAAAUUUAUUACAUAAAUAUGUGUGUGUGUGUGUGUGUGUUUAUGUCUGAAUGUGUAUGAAAACUUAACUUUGACCAUAGCAUACCUUUAGCCAAUUUUUUAAGUAAACUGCUCAGUUACACAAAAGUAGAAUUUUGAACCCAUGUGUAUUUCACACAUAUAUGUUAUUUUAUGAUAUUUCAUUUGAGGAAUUUAUGAUAUGUAUAAUUAGAAACUGACAGCUUAUAUCAGAAAAUCAUUGCUAUUUUCAUUGUAAUUUGGAUCAUGUAUAUGUAUCAUAGUGUCAUUAACUAUCAUUGUUUGAACCUCUAAUAUUUUGAAUGGUAAAGACAUUCAGUACUAAAUCAAUGAUGAGAAUGUGUCUUUGAGGUAGGUUUUUUUUUUCAUGAAUUCUUUUUCCCCCUUUUUUUUGAGAUGGAGUCUUGCUCUGUUGUCCAGGCUGGAGUGCAGUGGCUUGAUCUUGGCUCAUUGUAAUCUCUACCUCCCGUGUUCAAGUGAUUCUCAUGCCUCAGCCUCCCAAGUAGCUGGGACUCCAGGCAUGCACUAGCAUGCCCAGCAAAUUUUUUUGUUUUUUGUUUUUUUUUUUUUUAGUAGAGAUGUUAGCCAAGUUGGUCUCUAACUCGACCUCAAGUGAUCCACCACCUCAGCCUCCCAAAGUGCUGGAAUUACAGGCAUUCAUCAUGAAUUCUUAUCUUAUGUUUAGUAUAAAGCAGAUACAAUUAUUGUUAGAUAACGAUUCACAAAAUAAAAUUCAAUUGUGAAAAAUAAAUUCAGUGUACAUUUUGUUUAUGUGUACCAACAGCAGUACUGAGGAAUAUUAGAUUUGAUACAGUAUGUGAAUAGCUUAGAAAAAAAUCAUUUAUAUAAAAAGGAUGAAGAAACACGAUCAUGAGCUCUUUUUAGUGCUGUUUUAAGUUUCCAUAUGCUACUAGAAAAGUCAUUUUUCCAGUUUUUGAAUUGAAUAAAAACUUUUUUGAGGUUGAGAUUUGAUGUUAAAUAUUUUAGUUUUUUGUCUAAGCCACCUCUGAGCUCCUGAAUUGACAAUUUCUGAAUUGACAAAAAGCUCAAAUUUUCCUUAUCUUAAAAAGAAGCUCAAUCUAAAGAGGGCAUAGACGCUAUGGUAUCUAUGAAAUCUAUAUGUGGAUGAUAGGAAAUGUCUUAAAGAUAUGUUUUAUUAUAAUAUUGGUGUAAAUGAUGAAAUGAGAGAAAGUGUUGGUAUAUUCACUAAUAGCAAGUUCUAUGAUAAGAAUAAAAUGUAUAACUUAGUUCAACAGCUAAAUUCUGUGUGACUGUAUCAAUUUCUGGUGUUAUGAAAUUUUAACAAUAUUAUCUAAAUCUUAAGAUAAAUCAUCUCCACAUCUGAUUUAUCAUGUAUCUUCCCUGGUACAGUGUAAGCACCAUAAAAGUGGAGAUCAUAUAGUUCUUGCUUACCGUAGACCCCCAGGACAUAAAAACAGUGCAUAGAAUAGGUAUUCAAAAUGACAUUUUGAUGAACACUAAUUGGUGAAGGAAUGAACACAUGAACUAUAUUGGGGUGGUGAACCAGUGAAAAUGAAACACAUCACAAAAUCUACAGUUGCAUAAAUAUUCCUGCUCUGGUUUCAGAUUGAGGUUACAGGAUUAUCCAAGAAUUUCUCAGAACAAAAGUUUGGCUAUUCCACAAUUCUAGGGAAAAUAUCACUAUAAUAUAGCAUUGAUGCAGCUAUAUCAGAUGUGUGACACAAGACAAGGUGGAAAAUAAAAUUAGAUGGCAUUUAUUACAAUACUUUUUACUAAGCACAUUAAAGAUUUGUAUAU